CCCGCCCGCUCGCCCGCUCGCCCGCCCGCCUUCCCCCUCCGCCCCGCAUCCUCCGGAGAGCCCCGCCAAGAUGGCUUCGGUGCGCUUCAUGGUGACCCCGACCAAGAUCGAUGACAUUCCGGGCCUGUCGGACACCAGCCCGGACCUCAGCUCGCGCUCCAGCUCCCGGGUCCGCUUCAGCUCCCGGGAGAGCGUCCCCGAGACCACCCGCAGCGAGCCCGGCAGCGACUUGUCCGGGGCCACCACUUCGCUGGCCACCAUAGCCAUGGACCCGCCCAGCGACCGGACCUCCAACCCGCCGGACACCGCAGAGGACACAAGUCAGCACUCCAUCACGGGAGAGCACAGCCAGCUGCUAGAUGAGGGGCACAAGAAAGCCCGCAAUGCUUAUCUCAACAACUCCAGCUACGAGGAGGGGGAUGAAUACUUUGACCGGAACCUGGCUCUCUUCGAGGAGGAGAUGGAUACCAGGCCAAAAGUGUCUUCCCUCCUCAACCGCAUGGCCAACUACACCAACCUGACCCAGGGGGUGAAGGAGCACGAGGAGGCAGAGAGCAUCACAGAGGGAAAAAAGAAGCCCACCAAGGUCCCCCAGAUGGGCACAGUCAUGGGUGUGUACCUCCCGUGCCUGCAGAACAUUUUUGGGGUGAUCCUGUUCCUACGCCUCACUUGGGUGGUGGGCACAGCUGGAGUGCUGCAGGCCUUUGCCAUCGUCCUCAUCUGCUGCUGCUGUACCUUGCUGACUGCCAUCUCCAUGAGCGCCAUUGCCACUAAUGGAGUGGUGCCAGCUGGGGGCUCGUACUUCAUGAUUUCUCGAGCACUGGGGCCCGAAUUUGGUGGGGCCGUGGGCCUCUGCUUCUACCUAGGCACCACCUUCGCAGCUGCCAUGUACAUCCUUGGGGCCAUCGAAAUAUUCCUGAUUUACAUCGUGCCCCAGGCCGCCAUCUUCCACAGUGACGAUGCACUCAAGGAGUCAGCAGCCAUGUUGAACAACAUGCGUGUCUACGGCUCAGCCUUCCUGGUGCUCAUGGUGCUGGUGGUGUUUGUUGGUGUGCGCUACGUGAACAAGUUUGCCUCGCUCUUCCUGGCCUGUGUCAUUGUCUCCAUCCUGGCCAUAUACGCUGGGGCCAUCAAGUCCGCCUUCGCCCCACCUAACUUCCCGGUCUGCUUGCUGGGUAACCGGACUCUCUCGAGCCGGCGCAUCGACGCCUGUUCCAAGGUGAAGGAGGUGAGCAACCUGACCGUCCCCUCCAAGCUGUGGGACUUCUUCUGCAACUCCAGCCACACUCUCAACGCCACCUGUGACGAAUACUUUGUCCACAACAACGUCACCUCUGUCCAAGGCAUCCCUGGUCUGGCCAGUGGUGUGAUUACCGAAAAUCUUUGGAGUAACUAUCUGCUGAAGGGCGAGAUCAUCGAGAAGCCCUCUGCUAAGUCAGCUGAUGUCCUGGGCAGUUUGAACCAAGAGUAUGUGCUCGCUGACAUCACCACCUCUUUCACCCUGCUGGUGGGGAUCUUCUUCCCCUCGGUUACAGGCAUCAUGGCUGGAUCGAACCGGUCUGGGGAUCUCAAGGAUGCUCAGAAGUCCAUUCCCAUCGGCACGAUCCUGGCCAUCCUGACCACCUCCUUUGUCUAUUUAAGCAAUGUCGUCCUCUUUGGGGCCUGUGUUGAAGGAGUCGUCCUCAGAGACAAGUUUGGGGAUGCUGUGAAGGGAAACUUGGUGGUGGGCACCUUAUCAUGGCCGUCCCCGUGGGUCAUCGUCAUCGGCUCCUUCUUCUCCACGUGUGGGGCGGGGCUGCAGAGCCUCACUGGGGCCCCCCGACUGCUGCAGGCCAUCGCCAAGGACGGCAUCAUCCCCUUCCUGCGGGUGUUUGGACACAGUAAAGCCAAUGGAGAGCCCACAUGGGCCUUGCUGCUGACAGCGGCCAUCGCUGAGCUGGGGAUCCUCAUCGCCUCCCUGGACCUCGUGGCCCCGAUCCUCUCCAUGUUCUUCCUGAUGUGUUACCUGUUUGUGAACUUGGCGUGUGCCCUGCAGACACUGCUGCGCUCCCCCAACUGGAGGCCCCGUUUCCGCUACUACCACUGGGCCCUGUCUUUCAUGGGCAUGAGCAUCUGCGUGGCCCUGAUGUUCAUUUCCUCAUGGUACUAUGCCAUCGUGGCCAUGGUGAUCGCUGGCAUGAUCUACAAGUACAUCGAGUACCAAGGAGCUGAGAAGGAAUGGGGUGAUGGGAUCCGAGGGCUCUCCCUGAGUGCGGCCCGCUUCGCCCUGCUGCGACUGGAGGAGGGGCCCCCGCACACCAAGAACUGGAGGCCCCAGCUGCUGGUGAUGUUGAAACUGGAUGAAGACUUACAUGUCAAGCACCCUCGCCUGCUGACCUUCGCAUCCCAGCUGAAAGCCGGCAAAGGCCUCACCAUUGUGGGCUCCGUCCUGGUGGGGAAUUUCCUGGAGAACUACGGCGAGGCCCUGGCUGCUGAGCAGACAAUCAAACACCUGAUGGAGGCUGAGAAGGUGAAGGGUUUUUGCCAGCUCGUGGUGGCAGCCAAACUGCGGGAGGGCAUUUCCCACCUCAUCCAGUCGUGCGGCCUUGGGGGCAUGAAGCACAAUACCGUGGUCAUGGGUUGGCCCAAUGGCUGGCGCCAGAGCGAGGAUGCCCGCGCCUGGAAGACCUUCAUCGGCACAGUACGGGUGACGACAGCAGCCCACCUCGCCCUGCUGGUGGCCAAGAACGUCUCCUUCUUCCCCAGCAAUGUGGAGCCCUUCGUCGAGGGCAACGUGGAUGUGUGGUGGAUCGUGCACGACGGGGGCAUGCUCAUGUUGCUGCCGUUCUUGCUCAAACAGCACAAGGUGUGGCGGAAGUGUGGCAUCCGCAUCUUCACAGUGGCACAGCUGGAGGACAACAGCAUUCAGAUGAAGAAGGACCUGGCCACCUUCCUAUACCACUUACGCAUUGAAGCAGAAGUGGAGGUGGUGGAGAUGCACGACAGCGACAUCUCGGCUUACACGUACGAGCGCACGCUGAUGAUGGAGCAGAGGUCUCAGAUGCUGCGGCACAUGCGGCUCUCCAAAACGGAGCGGGAGCGGGAGGUGGGGGGUGGGGUGUUGGCCGCCCCCCAGGCCCAGCUGGUGAAGGACCGGAACUCCAUGCUGCGCCUGACCAGCAUCGGCUCUGACGAGGACGAGGAGACAGAGACCUACCAGGAGAAGGUGCACAUGACCUGGACCAAGGACAAGUACAUGGCGGCCCGCGGCCACCGUCCCAAGACCCUGGAGGGCUUCCAGGACCUGCUCAACAUGAGGCCGGACCAGUCCAAUGUGCGGCGCAUGCAUACAGCUGUUAAGCUCAACGAGGUGAUCGUCAACAAGUCCCAUGAUGCCAAGCUGGUCCUGCUGAACAUGCCAGGCCCCCCCCGGAACCCCGAAGGAGAUGAGAACUAUAUGGAGUUCCUGGAGGUGUUGACUGAGGGGCUGGAGCGAGUCCUACUGGUGAGGGGCGGGGGCAGUGAAGUGAUCACCAUCUACUCCUAGACGACUGCACCCCCUGCGCCCACCCAUCCUCCGUGCCAGCUCCCACCACCGGCACAUACCUCGGCUCCCUUCCCCUCCCAGCAGGGCCUGGCACGGCCCCCUCGGACCGAGCUGCCUCUGCUGGAGCCAGGGAGGGGCCGGGGACAGCCCCGCUCCCGCAACCCCCUCCCCGCCCGGACCCACCACCUCAGGAGGGGAAUGAGCCUUCGGCGGGUGCUCAGGCCUGGGGGGUGCCCGGCUGGGAGGGGACUGGGGCAGAGGGAGCGCAGCGGGGAGGGGAGUGGUCGAGAACCAAAGCAAAGCCCCCUUUCUGGCCCUGCAGCCCUCAGGGAUGGAUCCCACAAGCCCUUGCUUCUACACUGUGUCUUUGGUGCCAGUCCACCAGCCUGGCCCAUAAGGAAGGAGCCAGCGAGGGCUUGUCUGGGCUGAGAAGCCACAGCGGAAGCAAAUGUGCCCUACUGCUGAGCCGCUCACCUCAGGUGGCGCCCUGGGCCGGGACCAGUUCCUGCUGCGCCUUAAUGGUGGCCCCUUCCCUCACCUCCAGCUCCUUCCAAUGAGGCGGCUGCACCUUUUCUUCCCUCCUUGUCCCCUGGCCGGGAGCUAGUGGCAACUAGGUUAGCGUGUAUUACCUGUUACAUGUGUCUGUGUGUGUGCCUGUGUGCGCGCGCGCGCGAGAGGGUUGUUUCUCACCAGUCCUGUCCCACCCUCCCCCUCCUAGAUGCUCAUUGCGCUGGUCCACGUGGCAGGUCCCAUUCAAGGGUUUGACUCAAGUCCUGUGGAGGAGUAGACCCCACCCCAAGCUAAGGUCUUGAGCAGGAAGAUGGAUGCACUGGCCUCAGACCUAUAUGAGCCCCUCCCGAUUUCCAAACUAGGUCAAGUCCAGGGGCCUGUGGGAGUCCCUCAGGCUGGGGUCAGUUCACAUUGUCUAUCCCAGUCCCUUACUCAGAGCCAAGUCCCCAGGCUACUCCCCAUGUCCCUGGAUCAACCAGGUGUCAUUCCCUGGGCCAUUGGCCAUGGAAAUAAAGACAAAUGUUGAGUUCUUAUUUGGGAAUUGGUCAACACCCCUCCCCACCACGCAAGGAGCAGAGAGCCCAGGGCUCCUGUUCCCCAGGCCAAGCCUGAGCCUCCCCACCUGCAGCAAGGAAGGGGUAGGCGAAGCAAAGGCUUAGAGACUUUGCUUCCAGCCUAGCUGGCUGAUAUGUCGUUGACUGGGGUGCAGCUGACCCCGUAGACCUGAAGAGGAGCAGACUGGGCCGGGACUGCACCUCACUUCUUUGUAGAGUGGAUGGAGCCCAACACAGUGAUGUUUGGAACUCCUCCCAAUCCUUCCCCAUCACUGCUCCCUCCCCUGUGCUAGGAGCCCGAGUCCUGUCCGACUGCUGCUGGGCUUGCCUGGGCCUGGUGAGUCAGAGGCAUGGGGCCUGGGAGAUUCCCUGCUCCCCAGAUAUGAAAUGGGGAACAGAGAAGGGCUCCUUCCCUCUGUCGGCGUGCUGCUUGUCGUGUGUGUGUGUGUGUAUGGGUGUGAAGUGUCUCGUCUUGAAUUUACUCUCAUCACUUCAAAACAGAGCAAUAGGCAAAUUGAAGGGAGGAAGCACUUUAGGGGAAGGGCUGUGAGUAGGCCACAGCAAGGAAGGUUUCUGGCCGGCUGGCAGAGACCACACUCAGCUCAUGUUUGUUCAGUGUCAUCGGUGGCUGGGCUCUGAGGCCAAGAGGAGUCUUGGCUUCCUGCAGGCCCCUCAACGGUGCUCGUGCCCUGCCGCCUCCUUCCCGAAGCCCAGUCUUUCUCCUCCUCCUUUCCAGGACCCAGGCCAAGCAGUUUAAUUUAUUGAGGGGAGCGGGCAGGGCCGCCCACUGUACACAGUCUGAAGCUUGUUUGUUGCUUUACUGGAAACAUAAAGUUUUCUACAUUAUUUUUA